AUUUGAUUUUCUUCCACCUGUGAUGAUGGUUCCUCGCCACGUACUGCUGCCGGCGACAACAGUAAGCUCCAUUUACUUCCUCCAUUACUCCCAUGUCCGAGGCGAACCAGUCUCUUGUUUCUCCCAAAUCCUAUCUCCUCUGAAUCUCUGAUACAUACAUAAAUUCAUUCAUCAAUCUUUCCAUCAUUUUCUUCACCUUAAUCGCCAUGACUGAUUCCCAUUUGAAAAUCCCUCUUCCCAAUACCACCUCCCGCGGCAGACAGCCGGAGAAGCUGAACCAACUAAUCGAAAGCCUCUCUUUUCCAUCUCUGAACCCUCAACUUCAAAAAUUAUCCCACCUCUCCGGCUACCUGCAAAACCUUCCGACCUUCACAAACCCUUUGGACCACAACCAAUACUACCACCCCAUUGACGGAUUCUACAUCUCUUCUUCGGAUGUCGUUCUUCGUCAAAUUCUCUUGAAUCUCUCCGAUACCUUCCCUUUAUCUUCUCCUCCCCCUCCUGUUGCUUAUCACCGCGCAGGCCCUCGUAAGCACGUCUUCUUCGAUCCUUCCACCGUCCGAGCGGCAAUCGUCACCUGCGGCGGACUCUGCCCUGGCUUGAAUACAGUAAUCAGGGAGCUGGUGGUGGGAUUGUGGGACCUUUACGGUGUGCGUCAGAUUUUCGGUGUCAUGGCUGGUUACCGAGGAUUCUAUUCCAUGGAACCCAUACGGCUUCAUCCCAAGCUCGUGCAUGACUGGCAUAUGAGGGGUGGUACCAUCCUUGAGACCUCAAGAGGUGGCUUUGAUCUACAUAAGAUCGUUGAUGCCAUCGAAUCUCGCAGAUUUAAUCAGGUCUACAUAAUAGGUGGAGAUGGCACAAUGCGAGGUGCUGUGGCGAUCUUCGAUGAGAUAUGUCACCGGAAAUUGAAUGUAGCAGUUGUUGGGAUCCCCAAGACUGUUGACAAUGAUGUUGGAAUCAUUGACAGAUCGUUUGGGUUUCAGACGGCUGUGGAGAUGGCCCAGCAAGCAAUUCAUGCAGCUCAUGUGGAGGCCGAGAGUGCUGUUAAUGGUAUUGGCUUGGUGAAGCUAAUGGGACGAAGUACAGGUCACAUUGUCCUCCAUGCUACAUUAAGUAGCCGCGAUGUGGAUUGCUGUUUAAUUCCAGAGAAUGAUUUUUAUUUAGAAGAGAAGGGAGGCCUUUUUGAAUUCCUUGAACAGAGGCUAAAAGAGAAUGGGCAUGCUGUGGUAGUAGUAGCUGAAGGGGCGGGGCAGGAUUUGAUACCAAGAACAGCCUCACAGAAGGAAGAGAAAGAUGAGUCUGGCAAUCCAGUGUUCUUGGAUGUUGGGGUGUGGUUGAAAUCGGAGCUGAAACGGUGGUGGGACAGAGACCAUCCGGGGGAGCUAUUCACGGUGAAGUACAUAGACCCGACAUAUAUGAUUCGUGCGGUCCCUGCAAAUGCUACAGAUAACUUAUAUUGCACACUUCUGGCACACUCUGCAAUUCAUGGGGUUAUGGCUGGUUAUACAGGGUUCGUCACCGGACCUAUCAAUGGCAUCUAUGCAUAUAUUCCUGUGACAGAGGUGGCAAAUGCAAAGAAUGUUGUUGAUAUAAAAGACAAUAAGUGGGCAUGGGUUAGAUCAGUUACUAACCAGCCAAAUUUUGUGAAGAGCUAGAGAGGAUCAAAGUGAGCUCUCUCUGAUCUUUUUGGUGGUGCAAUUUAGAAUCACUCCAUUUGAUCCAUGUUAUGCUGAAAUGUAUAUGAUUGUGGAGAGCAGAGACAACUCCGGCCAUGUCUGUGAGCAGUGAUGCAGUGGUGGUUCAAUGUCUGAUAAGGGUGUGGACUGGCCACGGAGCUUGUGGGUAUUGGAGAUGCAGGUGUCAGGGAUUUCCCAUUUCCAUUAUCUUAUGUAACAAGAGACUGGCUUUUUCUGUUCGUCUUCCUUCUUUAGUGUUUGUAUAUAUAUUUUACUUUCUAGAC